UCUUAAGCCCUAAACCCUGAAGCAGGAAAGGUGCACGUGGUUGGAAUCGUUGCAGGGCGUAGGACAUGUCUAACCUUGAACCUGAGUUUGUGACCAUUCGUGGCUACGAGCUCCGCCUCAUUCGUUGCACCCUGAGUCCUUCACCGACGUCGGAUCCACUACUGCCUCAAUGUGAAUCGUCCGAUUCCGAUAGCCUCAUCAAGCACCUCUUGAAUUCCAUCGAGUGUGGAAACUAUGUUGAAGCACUCAACUCCCAACCGUGGAGGCUCGUCUUCCAACUCGGCCAUGACUCACUGCAACUGGACUCCGCCGACCGCCUCUACUCCGAGUUGGUGGACCGCGCCGAGUUAUUUAUCAGAGACGCCGCCGCUAGCGCCGCCGAACAGUCUCGCAGGGUCAUACUCGUGAUGUGCAUCGCCGUCGCUGCAUUUCUAGGGUUCACACAAUGUAACUUCACCGGGCCUUUGAAGGAGAAGGGGUUACCGAGAUGCCCUCUGCCUCUUGAUGGUGAUGAUGAACAUUUGGAGUGGGACAAUUGGGCGCGGAAUCAGCUUAUGUCCGCUGGCUCUGACUUGCUUGGAAAGUUCUCGAAUCUUCAGUAUAUAGUUUUUGCUAAGGUGUUGCUCAUGCGGAUGAAAGAUUUGUCAUUUGAGAUUGGAAGCCUUUCUUGGUGGCUUGUGAGGGUUUUGCUUCUUCAACAGAGGAUUUUGGAUGAGCGCUCUUCUUCCUUGUGUGAUCUCUUGCAUGUCUAUAUGGGCGAAGCUUUACGACAAUUUGGCACUUCGGAACUAGUUAAGGGUUAUUGGGAUGUUGGUUUACGUGAUGGAGAGAGCUUAGCAAUUGUCUCCAUGCUUCAAUUAGAGGCUGGAAUUAUGGAAUAUGCCUAUGGACGAGUUGACUCUUGCAGGACACAUUUUGAGUCAGCUGAGAUGGCAGCUGGGCUUCAGCUUUCAGUUACUGGGGUACUUGGUUUUCGUACUGUAUAUCAGGUAGAACCAAAGGCACAAAUGGUACUCGUUACUAACACAAGUUCAUUAAAUAAUGUGGAUAACUGCCCUUUAAUGGGUACUGGCAUCCAAACACGUGAUUCCAGCACUGGUGAAGAUAACUUGCAUUUGCAUCAGCAUGAUACCUCUGAAACAUCUGGCGUGCUCCUAAUACCAAAGUUGUUAGAAAAUGAUGAUGACUCUAAAACUAGGCCAGAAGGCAUGGAAAAUGGUUCUCAUGCUACUACCAGUUUGACAGCGAUGCAACAGGCUGUAAUUCUAGCAUACUGCCUUCUAAUUGAGAAGAGCUCCCGACAUGAUGAAUUGCAACGAUGGGAUAUGGCCCCUUACAUUGAGGCAAUUGAUUCCCAGCAUUUGUCUUUUUUUAUUAUACGGUGUUUCUGUGAUAUCUUGCGUAUUCGGUGGGAGUCAUCCCGUAAUCGAACAAAGGAGCGUGCUUUACUGACAAUGGAAAAAUUGGUGCAGCGCAUUGAUGAAUCUUCUCCAGCAGUAGCAGAAAGAAUUCCUUUUAGUUAUGGUGUUUAUUUGCCUUGCAUUCCCGCAUUAAAGAAGGAGCAUGGUGAACUUUUGGUGCGCUGUGGUUUGAUAGGGGAGGCAGUGAAGGUGUUUGAAGAUUUAGAAUUAUGGGAUAACCUUAUAUACUGCUACAGCCUGUUGGAGAAGAAAGCCUCAGCUGUUGAACUCAUCAGGAAAUGUCUUUCAGAAAGACCAAAUGACCCCAGGUUAUGGUGCUCCCUGGGUGACACUACCAUUAAUGACGCGUGCUAUGAAAAGGCCCUGGAAGUUUCAAACAAUAAGUCUGCUAGAGCUAAGCGUUCUCUGGCUCGCAGCGCAUACAAUAGAGGAGACUAUGAGACAUCUAAAAUUUUGUGGGAGUCUGCAAUGUCAAUGAACUCUAUGUAUCCAGAUGGUUGGUUUGCUCUUGGGGCCGCUGCAUUGAAGGCCCGGGAUAUUGAGAAGGCUUUGGAUGCAUUUACUCGUGCUGUUCAACUUGAUCCUGAAAAUGGGGAAGCUUGGAAUAACAUUGCUUGCUUGCAUUUGAUCAAGAAAAAGAGCAAGGAGGCCUUCAUUGCAUUUAAAGAAGCCUUGAAGUUCAAACGAAACAGCUGGCAACUCUGGGAGAACUACAGCCAUGUUGCUGUUGAUGUUGGCAAUAUCAGUCAGGCACUGGAAGGUGCCCAGAUGGUUUUGGACAUGACCAAUAAUAAACGAGUUGAUACUGAAUUAUUGGAAAGAAUCACAAGGGAGGUGGAAAAGCGGCUUUCAACAAGUAAUUCUGUGGCUCCUGUGAGAACUGAUAAUAAGCCUAAUACAGAUCAAUUCUGCAUUGUUGAUUCUGGAUCAGAACUUCAAGAGAAAAUAUCCGGUGUAUCUGUUGCUGGAAGAUCACGUGAAACUGAGCAUUUAAUUCUGUUACUUGGAAAAGUUUUACAGCAGAUAGUUAAAAAUGGGAAUGGAUGUGGACCCGAUGUAUGGGGCUUAUAUGCCAAAUGGCACAGGAUUAAUGGAGAUCUCAUGAUGUGUUCUGAAGCCCUCUUAAAGCAAGUUAGAUCACUCCAGGGUUCUGAUACUUAUAAUGACCGAGAUCGCUUCAAAAGGUUUGCAAAAGCAUCUUUGGAACUUUGCAAGGUGUACGUGGAAAUUUCCUCAUCUACUGCCAGUAUUAAACCAUUGUUUACAGCUGAGAUGCACUUGAAGAACAUCAUUAGACAGGCUCAGAGCUUCUCCGAUACAGAAGAGUUCAGGAAUCUUCAAGCUUGUCAUGAUGAAGUGAAAAUUAAACUCCAAUAGAAUUCAAUGCCUAGUUAAAAUCUUGUCGAAGGUAUUAUUCGAUUUGUUAUGUAAGUUAUAACCUAAAGGUUUGACCUGCCGUGAUCUGAUUGGAGGUGAUCCCACGAAUCUGCAGAGGCAUAUACUAAGAAUGGCCGUGCAUGUAGCUUCCCCAUUUCCAUCGACAGAGAACGUUAAAAGGUUGCUUCCAGAAUCCUGAAAUUGGCAAUAUUACAAAGGGAUAAAUGUUUAUCCCUUUAAAGGACGUUCCUUUUACUUAAAACUAGAGUGGAUGUUGUGUACUAAUAUGUAACAUUCUCUUAGGGGACGUUUGGUUGAGGAGAAAUUUUUGAAAUACUAGGGAAAUGUAAUUGAUAGAAAAAUGGUGGGAAAGUAAGUUUAGUAGGAAAAUGUAAAAAAAGUUGUUUGGUUGAAAAAAAAAAUUCCGGAUAAAUUAGGGAAGAUUUAUAAAGUCUAUGUUUGGUUUGAGGUAAAAUAUAG